AUGAGCUCGCAAGGAGGUGACCAGCAGGGUGCAGGCAGCUCAAGCUGGUGGGGCUGGGGCGACACCAUCCUCCAAACUGUCAAGAAGCAGUCCGAGACCAUCAUCUCGAUUUACAAGGAGGACUUGUCCGAGUUCACGCGAACCAUCAAGGAGGACACAAUGAGCGUGGUGAAGGAGGUGGUCAAGCAGGAAGAGGGUGCCGCCGGCAGCUCCACCUCGGCGAGCGGCGAGAAGAAGCGGCCCAAUGCCGGUGGUAGCGCUGCCGCCACGUCGUCCUCCGGCCUCUCCAACUUCUUCAACUUCAUGGAUAGCCUCAAAGACGAAGAAGAGGAAGAAGUCUUGGCCAAGUCGAGGCGGGAGAAGGGCGUGAAGAAGCUGCAGAAGGACAUCAACACCUACACCCAGCCGCCUGCCGACGAGGAGGACUUCAAGGAGUGGAAGGCCGGCUUCAACCUCGAGGCGCGCACCGUCGAGAUCAGCCAGCUCCUCUCGGCCAACAACAAGCUUCGCGCAAUCCACAACGAACUUCUUCCCAAGCUCACCUACAGCGUGUUCUGGGAGCGGUACUACUACCGCUUGGAGAAGCUGCUCAAGGACGAAGAGCGCAGGGAGAAGAUCCUCAUGCGAGCUGAGUUGGACAAUAAGCUCGAUGACUGGGGCGGCUGGGAAGAUGAUGAAGGGGAAGGAGAAGAAGGUGUCGAGGCCGCCACUGACGAAGCGAAGAAGGAUGUAGAAGAAGAAGAAGAAGAAGAAGAGAGAGAAGCGGAGCAAGAUGCGGACAACGACGCCACCAACGAAACCGAGGCACAGGGCGAGGAGGCGACUGCGGCGGAGACCGCCACUGAGCCCGCUGCGGACGAGCCGACCCCUGUCGAAGAUGCUGAGCACAAUGCUGCAGAGAAGAGCUCUGCGGAGGAAGUGGCCCCGGUUGAGGAGGAGGAAGCCGCAGCCCCACAGGGCGAGGAGGACAAGAACGCUGCCGAAGGACGGGAAGUGGUGGCUGGUGACCUGCCUACGGGAGACGCCGCCCCCGAGGAAGAGGAAGAGGAGAACGACGACGACGACGAUGUGCUGCUCGAUGUGGAGGACUCGGAGCUCGUGCCCACCUCUCCUCAAGUGGGCGAGGGUGACGAUGACUGGGAUGCUUGGGAGUAA